AUGUUCGCUGAUGAUUGCAGAGCGUUCGGUACCAUUCGCAACUCCUCUGAUGCUGAGGCUAUUAAUACAAUUGCAGCAUUGUCACUGGACGAUAAACGCUAUGAAAAGCAGAAUCUUGCUGAACCAUUAAAAUUGUGCAGUUUGGGCAAUGGGAACUGUCAUCAUUUCUGCAAAACCGAUUCAACACAAGGAGUGCGGUGUGCGUGUGCCCCAACCUACAAACUCGAUACGGAUCAACGUUCCUGUAUCCCUGAAGUGGAACACUCAUGUGGUCGAAUCGCAGCUUCCAUUGCAGUGCGCUCACUUAAUACCAAUUCCAUGCCGGAUCCUGGAACCAACAGCACUGUUCCAGUCAACUCGCAUCUAGAUAACAUUACAGAUGCUUCGCAUACAACUAACAUAACAGCUGCUUCCAGUACCAGUAACACCACAGGAGCCCAUAACUACAGCCACGUCAAAUCAGAAGCAUCUGAUGACACCAGAAUAGUAGGUGGUGAAGAAUGUCCGAAGGGGGAGUGCCCUUGGCAGGCCAUGUUACUGGAUGUUACUAAGAAAAAAGGAUUCUGUGGUGGAACCAUCUUGAAUGAAAAGUGGGUGAUUACAGCAGCUCAUUGUUUUCAUUACCCUUUGAGCUUUCAGGUAGUUGUUGGUGAACAUAACGUUAAUGAAAUUGAAGGGACAGAGACAUACCAUGAAGUGGAGGAAGUGAUAAAGUAUCCAAGGUAUAAUGCCAGUCGAAGCAGAUAUGAUCACGACAUAGCACUAAUCCUGCUCAAGACACCAAUACAGUUCAAUGCCUUCACCAUCCCCAUUUGUCUCCCUGAAAAACACUUUGCUGAGAAGGUGCUGAUGACCCAGGAUUAUGGGAUGGUCAGCGGCUGGGGACAGCUAGCCAAUAUGGGAUCCACUGCUGCACUGCUACAUAAAAUCAACAUCCCUUACGUUGAACGCAGUGCAUGCAAAGACUCCAGUAAAUACAGUGUCACAGGGAAUAUGUUUUGUGCUGGUAAUUCAGAUGGAAAUAAAGAUGCCUGUAAAGGAGAUAGCGGGGGCCCUCAUACCACAAAUUUCAAGAACACUUGGUUUUUAACAGGCAUUGUUAGCUGGGGCGAUGGCUGUGCGGUUUCUGGAAGAUACGGCUUUUAUACAAGAGUGUCGCGAUAUUAUGGUUGGAUUAAACAAAAAAUAGGGUAGUGAUUCAAGUGUGGAAUAGUCUAGCAUAACAUCCACGUGCGAUUUGGUAAGUGGGGGGUUUUCAAAACAGAUAUAUAUAUAUAUCAAA